AUGGAGAAGGCCAGUACCUCUGAUAUCCAGAAUCUCUCCAAACUAUCCGGAGCUGCUCAGGAGAAAGUACGGCAACAACUGCGAGGCGCCAACGGGCUUGCACAACGAGAGAGGGCACAGAACGAAAGCCUGAUCACAACUUAUAUAUCGGAAAGGGACGCUCUCAUGGCUGAGAAGUCGAAGGGAAAGAACGGCUAUACGGAGGCUCUUGCUGAUUCUGCAGAUAUUCCUAAAGCCGUUCCUGAUCCUGCCUCAAACCAGCCGAAGGACAAGUCGCUCGAUUUUUUCACGUCCAUCAGCCUUGAUAUCACCGCUUCCAGCUCUGAGGAUAAAUCGUCGUCAAGCGCUUCGUCUGCGUCGUUUGGGGCAAGUUAUAGUUAUGGGUGGUGGUCCCCAACUGGUGCUAGGGUGGAGGGUGGAUACUCAAGUGCGUCUGCAAUGGCGGAGCGAAGUAUGGCGAGUAACUCGUGCAAGAUAUCUUUCGAGUGUAUGAGGGUGGAUAUCACGAGACCGUGGUUGAGGGCGGAGCUCUUUUACGAUGCCGAGUUGACUGUUCCCCCCGGAGAGUUGUACUAUAGUAGUAUCUCUCCUGGUUUCGGCCGCAUGCGGGAUUUGAUGGAAGGGAAAACUGGUCAAAGCCCGGCGGACCAUGCUACAGAAAUGAGUCGAUACAGCACCUUCCCCAUGUAUCCUACUGCUUUCCUUCUGGCAUGCAAUAUUGUUCUGGAGAUUAGUGGAGAAACAACCCAUGUGCAGUCACAUUUCUCGACAUCUUCGAUAACUGCAAAAGGAAGUAUUAGUUAUGGAGCGUUCAAGGUGUCUACUGAUUACUCUCACACGGAGUCUCAAGCAAACACGAAAUGCGAGGCGACUUCUACCGGCUGUCGUAUUACAAUUAAAUCCCCACAGAUUAUUGGAUGGAUCUCUCAAAUGGUUCCAGCCCUCCCAUGCCUGACACCUGAACAACAACAAUCUAUUAUUGCGAAGCAAGAAGAGCUCAAAAAUGUGAAGUUGAAGGACGAUAUCAGCUGA